AUGAGUAGCAAGCUUUGGGAGUAUUUUAUAUACGAUGAUGUCGACGGGUUCCAGCGAUUCCUGGCGAACGCGACGUUCGCGGGGUCACGAGCUGCAGGAGCCGGAGCUGCGUCCGGAGCUGCGGCAAAUGUGUCCCUGAAGACGAGCAGCCCCGGACCCACGAUCGUCUCGUCGCCAAACCCCCCAAGGAACAAGAAGUCUCUGGCUUCAUCGCCUGGAACGCCUCUGCCCGACCGCUCAGUCUCUCAGCGUGGUAAUGUGACUUUGCUGCGCGCCGACAUCAAUGCCCGCGAUCAUUAUGGCCGAACACUCCUCCACCACAUCGCCUCCUCUCGCAAGCCUACCGCGGCCGAUUUCGCACGCACCUUGUUGGAGGUUCCCUUCGUGGAUAUAUAUAUCCAAGACGAGGAGAGUGGGUGGACGGCACUACAUCGGGCACUUUAUGCCGGAAAUGCGACAAUCGCACGAGCGCUUAUGGCGCGCGACGUGCAGGAUAUGACAGAUAUCAGUCGGGUUGGGAAUGCCAGUCAUCCCAGCGGUGGAUUGAUCAAAAUCAAAGAUCGGGAGGGUUACAGUCCGUUUGACGUGUUCGGGGCAACCAUCACCACCCGUGACAUCAAACAGCCAUCGGAUAACUGGCCUAAUCAGAUUGGAGAUGCCGCAGGAAGCGAUAUUGCCUCCAAUGCGGGCUCCAACGAGGGCAACGACGAACAAGAUGAAGCAUACACUUUUCGCAGUGUGCUUAAGGGGGCGGUUGACAUAUCUGCUGACGAGGUCUUCGCUCUCGGUAGCAACAAGAAUUUGAACCUCGGAUUGGGAGACCAGGACGAUCGUCAGUUUCCUGAGCGGGUUGUGUUGAAACGACCUGAGCACUUGCUACAUCGGUUCUACCACGAACACCAAGCGAAUCUCGAGCGUUUGGGCCUCGAGGAAACUGUCCCCAAAAGUGACACAGCGGAGCUGCCUACGUUGAUCAGAAACAAGCCAAUGAAUUACAAAGACAUUGUCAUGUCAAAACUCCACACCGCGAUCAUCACUGAUGACCCUGAAGCCAACCUCUUCAUGUGUGGGUUUGGACCUGGAGGACGUCUGGGAACGGGCGAUGAGUCUACGCGGUUUACUUUUGUCUGCAUUGAAGCCGGUGGCUUGGAGGGUAAGAAGGUGGUCUCCGCUGCGCUAGGUCAAGAUCACAGCUUGGCGAUCACUGAACGCGGUGAGAUUUUCAGCUGGGGAAGUAACAAGUACGGCCAACUCGGUUAUGGUCUUCCCAGGACCAGCAACAAAAAUGAUGUCCCAAUUCAGACCAGCCCUCGUCAAAUCUUCAACCCGUUCAAGAAGGAGACGAUUUUGGGCGCAGCAGCAUCUUCGAUUCAUUCUGUGGUCUUCAGCACGUCCGGUCUCUAUACAUUUGGCAAGAAUGAAGGCCAGCUUGGCCUGGUUGAUUCGGAUGCUCGCUCCCUUGAAACGCAAACCACGCCACGUCGCGUCGGAGCCUCCCUCUUCACCUGUCCAAUUCUGAUGGCCUCCGCCACUGAUCGCGCUACCUCUGUACUCUUGCAAAAUCACGAGGUCUGGGUCUUUUCAUCCUAUGGCUACUCGAAGCUCUCUUUCCCGCUUGAGGUGAGCUCAAGUUUCAUCAGGAAUAGCUUCAUGGUCACCAGAUAUGACAAGACUGCCAACCGCGUUGUCAAGCUUGCAUCCGGGGGCAACACCAUCUGUGCACUGGCCAGCUCCGGCGAAGUGUUCACUGUUGAGGUCAAUCAACCUGAUGCCCCCUCGACUCUGACAUCCACUACAAACCCAGCAAAGAUCCGCGGCUCUUUGGCUCCGCCAGUCCGAGCUUGGUCGGUCAAGAAAUCACACAUGGCUGCCAGUGAUGUCGAUGUCGGACAAGACGGCUCCAUCAUUAUUUGCACGACCUCAGGGUCUGCCUGGAAAAAAGAGCGACGCACAAAGAAGAAGGAGGGCGCUUCGAAGGACUAUAAGUUUGCUCGUAUCCCUGGCCUUUCACGCGCAGUAGCUGUGCGAAGUAAUGCCUUCGGUGCCUAUGCCGUUGCUCAGCGGGACAGUGAAGUCACAAAGGAGCAAAUUCAUGUCGAGGCCAGCAGCCUUGCGGACGACCUUUUGCCUCUGUCUCCAUUUUCCAUGCCUGGCUUCGCAGAACUGGAUGCCAUUCUGGACGACGAUCUGGAGGCCAUGCCUGUUGUCCUCCCCCCUGCGGCCAGUAUCAAGAAAGCCAUGCUUUCAUCCUCGGAGAUAGAAAGCCAAUUUCUCCCUCUUCGGUCUGAAGGAAUGGUCUGGGUGACCACUUCUUCAUCUGACUCACGUAUACCGGUCCACGAGUUUCUACUGGCUGGUCGCAGUCCCGUUCUUCGAAAGGCACUCGAGGAAUUCCGGGUGUCUUACUAUUCUUCCGUUCCAGAUGUCUGUGACAUUGAAUAUGGCACCGAUGGACACCCACAGAUCCGUCUGCAAGGGGUGGACUUUUUGACUGCCAUGAAUGUGGUGUUCUUCCUCUAUACUGAUAAUGUACUGGAUGUUUGGCACAUGGCGAAGAGCUCUCCUGCAAACUCGGCACGCUUCCGGCAAGUCCGGACCGAAGUAAUGCGGGUUUCCAUGCAGCUAGAGCUGGCUACACUAGAACGCGCGGCAAGACUGAUGGUUGAGCCUCAAGCGAGCUUGAAGUUUGACAUGGCCCAUGCUAUCACUCAGCCUUCUUUCUUCGACAACGCGGAUGUCGUUGUUCAGCUGAAAGGUGCAACCACCAAGGUCCACAGUCAUGUUGUGUGCCAGAGAUGUCCGUUCUUCGAUACCCUUUUCCAUGGCUACGCCGGUGGAAAAUGGCUGGACUCGCGGAAGUCAAGCCCAUCUCACCCAGUGCAUGUCGAUCUGAAGCAUAUUGAUCCCUCUAUAUUUGAAUUUGUCUUGCGUUAUCUAUAUGCGGACACCGAGGAGAGUCUGUUUGACGAAGUGCGGACCAAUGAUCUUGAUGGAUUCAUUGAUCUGAUCCUCGAUGUUAUGUUCGUCGCAGAUGAACUGAUGAUUGACCGGCUAUCUCAAGUCUGCCAAAAGAUGCUUGGUCGAUUCGUCACUGCUCGCAAUGUUUGUUACCUACUCAACUCUGUGGCUCCCUGUUGCGUCACGCAAUUCAAACAUGCUGCUUUGGAAUACAUCUGCCUCAAUCUCGAGGGCAUGCUUGCAAACAGAUACCUUGAAGAUCUGGAUGGCAUUCUCCUGAAUGAGCUCGAUCUGACCUGCCAUGAGAAUCAGUUAGCCUAUUGGCCAGUCUCCCGGACAGGGAAUGUCGAAGAGUCAUUCUUGUGGAAAUACCCCGAGGCCGCGAGGUCUUUGGAGGUGGACAAGCGAAGAAGAAUCGAUGCCAUGGCCUUGCAGUCUCGUCUUGGCCGCCUUGAAUCUGAUGAAGUGCGUUCUCGGCCAACGCCAAAUGACAAGAUGGCAUCGUCUCCAUCUGUCCGGAAAUCAAAAGCAAGCUCAGCCAAAGAGUCGCCAACUGUGGGCAACAGUCCAUGGCUGAAGCCAAGGCAGUCGGUCGGGGACCUCAUGUUCCAAAUGGACGAUGAAGGUCCGAUGUCGCCGAGUGACUCGAAAGGCAAGGGCGUCAGACGUGGGCUCAAGUUCACAGAAGGGAUUCCCGAGAAUCAAUCUUAUCCCGAUUCCCCAGCAUUGGGGGCAAGUGUCCCGGAGGCUGAAUCGCUCGGCGGUGGGAGCUUCUUGGAUGAUCAGAUGUCUGCCCAAGACAACUUACUUGCAUCCCCGUCUGAGUCGAGGGCGAUCUCCCUGAACCAGAGGCACAAUUUAGGGUUACCCGCCGACAAAGGCCCAGCGCCAUGGAGCUCGCCAACGAUGGCAGGCUCCAAGAAGGAUCUCAAAGAAAUCAUGGGUGAGGCCUCUCAAUCUCGCGUAUCCAAUCUGACCCUGGGAAUGGUCGAUCGCCGCGAGAGCAAUGCCAAAUCAACAUCAAAGAUGUCACAGAAAGAGAGAAAGAAGAUCCAGCAACAACAGCUACAAGAGCAGCUGGCCGCUCAGCAAAAGAUGAAAGACGCACCACAGAAUCCAUGGCAGAAACCAGCAAAAUCAUCGCCAGCCGGACCGUCCACGCUUGAGCCAUUACCGGGCCAAAGUGCACCCGCACUUGAACCCAAACCAGCUCAAAGAUCUAUGACCAUGCGACAAACCGUAGCCGGCACACCACCCCCAAAGUCAAAAUCAAAACCAGUGGAAGUGCCAGUGCAAGCAUCACGCCGCAGCGUAUCAGGAAACCCGCAACCAUCUCCACACGCCAAAUCCUCCACCUCGGGCCCUUCAACGGCAAACCAAAGCAACCAACCAACCUCACCCGCCCCAGCCAUCCAAUCAAUCCGACAUAUCCCCCGACCCGAUCCAAUCGGGAUGUCCCCAUCCUCAGGCUCCUAUUCCCUCUCAACCAUCCUGCUCCAGCAACAAAGUGAGAAAGAAGCGAUCCGCGAGGCCGCCACAGCAAAGCACAACAUGCAAGAAAUCCAAGCAGAGCAAGAAUUCCAGCAAUGGUGGGAUCAAGAAAGCAGACGCGUUCAAGGCUUAUUGGACCCAGAGCCAAGCGAGAACGAACCUCGAUCCGGCAAAGGACGAAACAAGGCCCCUGGAACUGGCACUGGCGGCCAGCGUCGACGACGCGGAAACAAGAAUACCGCCGAAGGACCUGCUCAAGAUCGAGGGGUCUCUGCCCCAAGUUCUGGCCAUACAACUCCAAAGACGGCGGGUAGACAGGCUCCUGCUCAAUCUCAGAAACCUGGAAAUCGUGCUGGGGGCGCGUCUGGAAAUGGGAGGAAUCAGCGGGAACAAAAUAGUUCGCGUGGAAGAGGGAAGGAUCGUAAGUAA